CUUAAACAAAAAACAGGCCGGAAACAGCCAAUAAAAACAUGGGAAAGUCUAGCGAAAAUAUAAAGACAAAAAAAAGAAAAAAAGAAAAACACAAUUUAUAUGUAUAAAACAUAGUCAUGGGAGAUGAUUUAGGACUUUUGUUUUGUACUAAACCUCAAAUACCAUGCAUAAAAGCUGCACUGAUUUAAGUUAGGUUGUUGAGCUACAUGUGACAGGGCAUGUUAACCUCAUGAUGGAGUAAAGCACAUGAGCUCCUUCUGUUCUACAACCAGUCUGUUAGUUAGACAGACAGGUCAUCCUUCCAACUUAUUUUACGAAAACAGUACAAACUUAUGUCCAACCUUGCCGAUGUCGUCCAUUUUCAUUUGUUCGUUACAAAGCGCUCUGACUGACAGCAUAUACUCAGAUAAAAUACGGAUGACAGGACGUGGCUGUGGAGCCAACAUGGCCGCCACAGAGGACCGCAGUGGCCCGAACGGUUUUAAGAUGAGCGGCUGUGUCCGCGGCACCUGCUCCGCUGUCUGAUGCUAACAGCGCGGAGCGCCACUCGCAAACAGCAGACCUUCCAAAAACACGGGCUUAGCUGAUAAAACGAUUGAGCUCAGAUGGUCAGCGCCGUAAUUAAACACGCAUUGGCGUUCAAAGCAGAAGAUAAACCUGAAACAUGAAGGAUACGCCGCUGUCCAACUGUGAGCGGGACUUCCUACUAAAAGCCAUCGAGGAGAAAAAGCGCCUGGAUGGCCGACAGACGUAUGAUUACAGGAAGAUAAAAAUCACCUUUGGGACUGACUAUGGAUGCUGCUUUGUGGAUCUGGGACAAACCAGGGUCAUGGCCCAGGUGUCGUGUGAGCUGGUGGCGCCUAAGGAAAGUCGUCCAAACGAGGGAAUCAUGUUCUUCAACCUGGAGCUGUCACCGAUGGCCUCCCCAGCUUUCGAGCAGGGAAGGCAGUCAGAGCUGUCAGUGAAGCUGAACAGACAGCUGGAGAGAUGCCUGAGGAACUCCAAGUGCAUUGAUACAGAGUCCCUGUGUGUGGUGUCUGGAGAAAAGGUGUGGCAAGUCAGAGUGGACGUCCACACGCUGAAUAACGACGGGAACCUGAUGGAUGCCGCCAGCGUCGCCGCCAUCAGCGCUUUGUGCCACUUCAGACGCCCUGAUGUCGGCAUCCAAGGGGAGGAGAUCACAGUGUACAGUCCAGAGGAGAGAGACCCCAUUCCUCUGAGUAUCUACCACAUGCCCAUCAGUGUCAGCUUUGCCUUCUUUCAGCAGGGAACGUACCUGCUGGUGGACCCGUGUGAGCGGGAGGAGAGAGUGAUGGACGGCCUGCUGAUGAUUGCCAUGAACAAACACAGAGAGAUCUGCUCCAUUCAGUCCAGCGGGGGCAUCAUGCUACUGAAAGAGCAGGUGAUGAGAUGCAGUAAAAUAGCCAGCGUCAAGGUGUCUGAGAUCACAGAGCUCAUCAACAAGGCGCUGUUAAAUGACAAGACUGCCAGGAAAGCAGGUGGUAGGUGUGGUUUUGCAGAGUCCAUGCCUCAGGAGCGGAUCACAGCUCUGAAAAUGGACCAGACGUCCGUGGAGAUGACAGAUGUCAGCGAAACAGUCAGCAGCAUUGUCCAGACAGCCGAAGCUCCACCUCAAACGGUGCCAUCCCCAUUGGUGCCAGUACCAGGGGUCGGACAGAUAGGGGAGGGUUUGCGCAACACCUGGGGCCUGGAGGAGGAGGAGGAGGAUGAUGGGGAAAGCAGUGGAGGGGACAGCGUGGCAGAAGUGACAAAGAUGGAGAAGGAACAGCACAAAGACGACAAGAGCAGAAAAGUGGAUGUUGUGGAGAUAUUAGACAGUGACGAAGAGGAGGAGGAGGUGGUCAUCCUGUAUCCUGAGACAACAAAAAAAGCUAAAAAUACAGGAAAUGUCCAGAAGGGGGCAGCAACAUCCAGGAAACAGCAGAAAAAAAUGACUUCGUCGACUUAAUUUGAUGGCAGUUUAAAAUAAAAAAAUUAAAAUAAAGUAAAGACUUCAAAUGCACUGUAAAUGUAACAUUGACCGAAUAAAUGUAGCUUUACAACGUUUUA